CUGUUAUGAAUCAGUCGCAGCCUGUUAUGAAUCAGUCGCAGCCUGUUAUGAAUCAGUCACAGCCUGUUAUGAAUCAGUCUCAGUCUGUUAUACCUCAGUCUCAGCCUGUUCUGGCUCACUCACAGCCUGUAAUACCCCAGUCUCAACCUGUUUUAACCCAGUCACAGCCUGUUAUGCCUCAGUCUCAGUCUCAACCUGUUUUGCCUCAGUCACAUUUACCCCAGACUGUUGUACCUCAGUCUCACGUGUUGCCACAGAUUCAGCCUACUUUAUCACAGUCUCAUAAUAUUUUACCGCAAAUCCAAUCAGUUAUGCCUCAGCCUCAGCAAAUUUUGACUUCUAUUUCAACUAUGUCUCAGCCUACCCAUUCCCAACAAAUUCCACAAAGUUCUACAAUAACCCAACCUGCAGUUGCUACUAGUGUUUCCUCUAUGUCCCAACAAAGUUAUGUGUCUAUAUCUCAAGCAUAUGGGACGCCAUGUCCCUCGCAACAGAUAAAUAUUCCUAAUAUUAGUGCAUCCAUACAGCAAGUUGGAGUUACAAAUCAGACGAUGAUGAGUUCAUCACUACCAAGUCAACCUGCUCCUGCAUCAUUACCUCAUACAUUACCCAGCAGCUUACCGAAGCAGCCUGAUACUUCGUCUGCAGCUUCUAGUUAUAUCCUGCAAAAUACAGUAACGUCGCCUCCGCAGGCUAUUAGUCAGUCAGCCUUGCAUCAGCAUUCAAUAUCUCAAACACCAUCUAGUGUUCAGUCAUCAUAUACACCGCCAAUCGCUACCCAGAUUUCUCAGCAAAUUGUUGGACAACCGGCAACUAAUCAAAACGAUAUGCAGACUCUCUACCAACAGCAGUCCUUUACUGGUCGCCAACCAAUGUCCAGUUCCGUAUCUGUGCAGAAUUUAUCAUCCUCUAUGAGUCAGAGUAUGCCAAGUUUUCAGCAUUCUAUGUCUAUGGAUGAGACACUGCAGAAUUAUGCUGUAAAAAAGAUGCCUGAAAAUCUCAAGCAAAUAUUAGAAAGCAAUUCUGGUAAAGUAAGUCAAAUUUCUACCCCACAGAGUGAUAUUAAAUAUGAUGCGCAUCUUCAAACUUUACAACACAAACUCGCAGCUAUCCCAACGGCAAGAACACCACAAAUGAAUACUGCUCCAUCAAGUCCACAACUGAUAUUUGCACCAUUAGAGUUUCCCCAAGAGAGUGUGCCUACUAACGCAUCCGUUAUUUUGAAUAAACUUCAAAUAGAAUCGAGUAGUGGCCCAAGUAGUGGGACAACCACUUCGGAUAUCUUAUCUCCGGUAGUAGAAGCAGAUUCAGCAACGAUUAACAUUGGUGGAGACAACACUCUGGUAGAGCUCAAUAAUAAGCUGAAGCAGAUUAACUCUAGGUCUGACUCAGUAGAGAGAAAAGAUACUCCUACUGUCUCAGAAACUUCCUUGGAAAUAGUGGUGGAAAAUAAUGCUUUGAAAUCAAAAACUGAUAAUGUUUUGCAAGAGGUAGCGGUUUCAACAAGUGGCACUAGUGAAUCUAACGCUAAUGCAAGUAGUCAGGCUCAAACGACCGAGAGUACUGUAGUGAGAGAACGUAAAGUUUCCCGAUUCAAAGUGAGUUUGGUAACAGAGCCGGAUAGGAGCAAAUUAGUGAUACCGGAAAAUAAGGAGCAAGAUAGAAGGAAUAGUAAUGUACCGAUAACUGAUUCCGAAACGAAAAAGGUUGCCGAUUUUGCUACUGUAAUUAACACGACAUUUGAUUCACUGAAAACUACUUUAGUUAAAUCGUUACCCACUGGUGGAGCAGAAGAAGUUCCUUUACCAGAAGAGGAAGAAGAAGAAGAGGUAGAAAUUUCCAAAGUCAAACCGCAUGAAGUUGGUAACAGCAUUAAGCACGGCCGUUACAUUGGCACCACUCAUCACAGUUACUCCAAGAAUAACUACAAAGACAGUACACACUCACUUGAUAUACACUCUAAACAAUCAUUGCAUGGUAGUAGAAUACUGAAGAAAUCAUUGUCAUAUGUCGAUUUAAAAAAAGAAAUCGAGAAUUUGUUGCCUAUCAACAAAGAAAGAUUGGAAUCAGUGAAUAAUCCAAGGCGAAUUAAUAAUAGCCGUAGACAUUCGAAAACUUUCAGACACUUUCCAAAAAUUAUUGUUCAUCCUCCAGAAGAAACAAACUUGACCGCCAGCAUGCCAGAUAUUUAUGAGAUAUUACUGAGAGAAUUUCAAACUGAAUUAGCUUUCAAUAAUGUAUUUGAUCAAAACGCCUCAUGUCCUGAUCUUAGUGAUGAAUAUUAUUUCAACAGUAAUUAUGAGACUAGUAGCAUAGAAACUGGAGACACUUUUGAGGAAUAUGAUGACUAUACAGAAUCCUUAUCAGUUUGUAGCGAUAACUUGGUUUCAGACGUAAAAUAUCAAGAAGCUAGCUCUACAAAUUCACAUGUUAGGAAAAGUAAUUCAUUUUCAAUAGGUGAGAACCGAAAUUUUUGUCUUAGAGAUACUAUCUCAUCAAAAGACACUAUCUCAUCAAAAGAUACUAUCUCAUCAAAACAAAAAUUUGGUGUUUAUAUACCGCGACGUAAAAAAAUAGAUGAUAUGCCUGUUGAAGUUUUGAGACGCAACUGGAGAGUAAAACAUUCCUCUUCACUGCAUAACUUGACUAGAAGAUUUCAAAAUUCCGAUUCAAGUUUUGACACCUAUCAUACAGUACAUGGAGAAACAAAUUUUUCUCAUAACAAUUCAUGUAGUUGUAAUUCUCAUUAUUCCUACCAAGAUUAUACUGGCUGCCAGCCACCAGUUCACAAUUGUUUCAACAGAUACAAUUCAGAUUAUUUUUAUACUGAUUGUCCACAUCAUGCUCGAAGUUAUAAUUCUCUACCAUGUGGUAAUUCGAAUACAUGUUUAACACAUCACCAGACUGAGAUUAUAUACAAAUGUUGUUGUGGAGGUGUGAACUGUAAGACAGUGGUGCCAAUACAUGAGUAUUUGGAAACGUAUUUCCCAAAGACGGAGGAAACAUUUGAAGAAAUGCUGAACAGGCAAAAGGCUGAACUAAAUGCUUUAAUGGAAGCCCAUAGAAAGCAACAGUUAGAAUAUAUGGAGUUUCAUCGAAAACAAACUGAAGAGAUUAAGAAACACUGAGUUUCGAAGAAGAGGAUUGAUAGGAAGUGAGAACGAAAGGCUGUAUAUUAAUUAUUAUUGUUUAUAUUGUAUUAUAAUUGAAAAAAAAACUAAUGGUUAUUAUAAUAUUUGAUGAUAAUUUAUUUUUAAUAUCUUCUGUUAUUUCUAGUUUUGUUUUAUUUAUUUUAGAGAAAUCAUUAAACUCCUAUAGUGAA